AUGCACAAGCGCGCCAAAAGAUCCGCCCGUAGACCAAAUAGCACUCCUCUUCCCUCGCCCCAAGUCCUAGACCUCCAACCCUCAGGAACCCAACCCAUCAUCCGCCAAGGUCGCGAAGCAGUCGUAUACCACAUUCCCAUCUCUACACCCUCCCUGUCUCCACCCUCCUCACCCACGCUAUCCCCGUACAAAACCACAAUCUCCCUCCCCCGCCACUCCGCAUGGACAUCAGGACUGCACUUCCACACCACGCACACCGAAUACCUGCGUCUCCUCCGCGGCGCCAUCUUUAUCUACAUUGAUGGCGAGACCCAAAUUCUGAGCGCGAAAGCAGACGGCAGCGUAGCCAUGUACAGGGACAAGACAGCAAUGAACGAAAGACCUGGCUUACAAGUCAAAGUAAACAAGUACGCGAGACAUAACUGGGGCAGAGCACGAGAGUACCUGUCACGUAAUAGAAGAAUGGGCGUCGUACCGCGUUACCCAGAAGAUAUGGACGACGAAGUUGUGGUGGAGGAGUGGACGGAGCCGGUGGAUUUGGUCAAGCCGCUGUUCUUCUGGAAUCUAAAUGCCGUUGUUUUGGCGCCGCUGGAUGCGCGUCUGGAGGGGAGGAGGAAGAAAGCAGCGAGGUGGGUGUUGGGUGGAUGGUGGGUGUCUUUCCAGCUGUUCACCAUCUUUCAUGAAUUGGAUAACUGGCCUGUUCUUGUUGGGUUGAGGGGUGUGCUGGGUGGGGAGACGGAUUCGCCGCGGGUAGGGAGAUGGAAUCGGAAGAUUGAAGGGGCGGUGGAAUGGUGCAUUAUCAUGACUGUGGUGGGAUUUGCGAGGGCGGUGGGGUGGGUGUUGGGUGUCAAGGCUGUUGAGAAGGAACGGACGCCGGAAGGGUUAUGGGAGGGGUAUCAAAAGAACAGAGCGUGGAAGCAGGGGUGA